UCUUCCCACACUUUACUCUAUUCAAAUACGCACCAUGGCAUUGAGUGGGAGCCGUUCACCAGUCCCAAGAGGACGAUAUAGCAACUCGGGCUCACCUCCCCGACAUCGAUCAGACUCGCGAGACUGGCACAGCUCACGACGAAGGAGCCGAUCAAGGGACCCCAAUAGAGGACGACGAAUCAGUCGGAGUCGGUCUAGGGAUACCGGGAGACGAGACAGCUUUGGACGGGAUAGGCGACCAGGAUCCCGUGAAACAGAUUCUCCCGAGCCCGAUAGGUUCAUGAACCCUGAGCGUCAGCGGAUGAUGACAAAUGGUCCUGCAGAUCGAGAUUAUCGGCGAGGCGAUCACAGGUCUGGGAGGGGAGAAAAUGGAUAUGAAAGGGACGAAUACAGGCGAGAUAGUGUGAGAUAUGAUACGAGGGAUGGAAAGAGGGAUGGUGAGUCUUUCCAGCAAUUCCUUGAGAGAAGGAAACAAAUGAGGGACGCAAGCACUGUUUCCAUAUGGCCGCCUUCACCCGAAAUCGAGCGAAACCUAUCACCGUCCCCCAACCGCAAGCCAAAGUCUCGAAAAUCUCGGAACGGCACUGAAUCUCCUGAACCAAAAAAGCGCAGAAGUCGGAAGCGCGAUAUGAGUGACGACUCUGUAGAUGAAUCAGAGUCUGAGAGCGACAGUGAGGAUGAUCGGCGGUCCCGAAAAAAGAAGAAGAGAUCAUCGUCUUCUAGAAAACAUAAGAGCAAGAGCAGAAAAGGUCGAAAAGAUAAAAAGCGGAGCAAAAAGAGAACGCGUGGUCGCUCUCCGACUCCGUCUUCGUCAUCUGCGGACUCUGCGUCAGAAAGCGAAGAGGACAAUCAGCUGGCUAAGCGCAGAAGGUCUGGUUCACCCGCUCCGGCGGUAGAUGGAAAACCGGUCGUUGAUGCAACUGUGCAAGAUUACUGGCGCGAAAAAGCGGUGGAGCCUGUGGAAGAUGCCCCUGUGGGACCCAUGCCUCUUAACAUGGCGGAAGCCAAACAUGAUGAAAGAGCUUAUGGUGGUGCCUUGUUGGCAGGAGAAGGAUCUGCGAUGGCUGCCUACUUGCAAAGCGGAAAACGUAUUCCACGUCGUGGCGAAAUUGGUCUCCAGUCAGAAGAGAUUGAAAGCUUCGAAGAUGUUGGGUAUGUCAUGUCAGGUAGCAGACACAGAAGAAUGAAUGCUGUCCGUAUUAGGAAGGAAAACCAGGUUAUCAGUGCUGAAGAAAAGAGAGCGCUCUUGUUGUUCAACCAAGAAGCAAAUCUCAAAAAAGAGGCCGAUAUCAUUGCAAAUUUCAAGGACAUGGUUACUGCCAAAUUGCGGGGAAAAGAAGGAGGUCCCUCGCAAGAUUGACAAGCCUCGGAACUUUAAGAAUGUAGCUAAAAGCUUGUUAUUCAUGGCAUGAAAUUAUUCGAAAAACUCUUGAGCCACG